AUUUCAGUGCCUGGUAGUGAAGGUCCGCCAGUUAAUAUCAGUUCUUGGAUCAAAAUUAUUUCUGCUUGUUUCCAGAUUAGAAAAUUUCAGUCUAUCUUCUCUGCUUCUGAAGCUGAAGAGGUCCUUAUUGUGAUUAUUCGCUUCUUUUUAGCUCGCCAAGUCCAAGGAUUAUCAUUUAUUUUAGCAGAGUGCAUGCAAUCAAUAUUAAGUUUCUUUGCUGAGAAUGAAUGGGCUAUCAGCUGUGAGAAAGUUGCACAUGCUAUUGCUUAUAGCGUUCCCAAAGAUCUUAAUUCCUUAAGGGUUGUUGAAUGCAUUUCUGGAACAAGCAGUCGCCAUAACCAUCUCAGGGGUCGCAUUGCCAUCCACAUGCUAGGAAUAUUAUUUGAUAAAAAUGUUUCUGAUGGACAAGGAAUUAUGAAGUCUCUUGUAUCAGUAAAAUUGAAAGAUAAAAACACUGAUUUUUUCACUUUGUACAUCUAUUUAGUUCUAUCGGAGAAUUGGCUUUUAUCUUAUGAUUCAGGGGAACAAAGAUCUGAUAUUCUCAAUAUGUGGGCUAAAUUUCUCCGAGAUUGUUCUGGCAAUAUUUCAAGUACAGACUGGAGACUUUAUGCUGCAAAGGUCCGUAGUAAGGCGUCCUACCUUCUACAGAGUACUAUUAGUGAAAGAUGAGUUGCCAAGGUUUUUUUACUUUUAUAUUCUAUUUUGGGGUUACAAUUUUUUGAGAAUAUGUCAAUAUAGCUAAUCUUAACAGAGUUAGCAUUGGCUGAUUUAAUUAGUUAUCUUUCACUUGGAAGCCCUUGGUUGAUUAGUUCCUUUACGCAAUAUACAAAAGUGUAGUAUCAGCUUCUCUUAAUACUUCUCAUGACUCUAGUCUUUGAAGCCAUAUUGGACCCCUAAAGCUUCAAUUUUGU